GACUUGCUCCUGAGGCCAAUAAGUUAGUCAGCAGCUUGAAAACAAUGCCAAUGCUGCAUGACGAGGCGUUUGCCCACGAAACAAAACUGAACAACUUCCAUGAAUUUCCAGAUAACACACUGGUGCUCCCUGUCUCUAAGCAAAACAAAAGGAUUUUUUAUACAAUCCUGGAGCUCUCACCACUGCUUGAUUCUUCCAACAUGACCCCAGAUGACUGGGCCAAAAUUGCAAAGAAACUUGAGGAGCACUAUGAGAAGUAUGAUGGUUUUGUGAUCCUUCACGGCACUGAUACCAUGGCCUACACAGCUUCAGCUUUAUCCUUCAUGUGUGAGAACCUGGGUAAAACUGUUGUUCUGACAGGAUCUCAGGUGCCCAUAUACGAGCUGCAGAAUGACGGCCGAGCCAACCUUCUGGGGGCACUGCUAUUCGCCGGGCAGUUUGUGAUUCCUGAGGUGUGCCUGUAUUUUUAUAAUAAACUGUACAGGGGAAAUAGGGUGACUAAAGUGGAUGCUGGGAGUUUCAAUGCCUUUUCCUCACCUAACCUGCCUCCACUUGCAAAUGCUGAGGUUGAUAUUACAAUAAACUGGGAAACAGUGUGGAGAGCCAAUACCAAGAAGAAAUUCCGCGUUCACACCAAUAUGAACAGGAACGUUGGGCUUCUGCGGAUCUUCCCAGGAAUCACUGCUGCUGCUGUAAGAGCAUUUCUUCAGCCUCCAAUUGAGGGCAUUGUACUUGAAACUUAUGGAAGUGGCAAUGCCCCAAACAAAAGAGAAGACUUGCUGGAAGAGCUGAAGAAAGCAGCUGAACGAAAAGUCGUGAUUCUAAACUGUACCCAGUGCUUACGAGGGUCUGUUAAAACAGUCUAUGCAACAGGGCAGACUCUCGCUGAUGUUGGAGUAAUUCCUGGAGGUGAUAUGACACCAGAGGCAGCCCUUACUAAAUUGUCAUACACGCUCAGCAAGAGUAAGCUUAGCUGGGAGGAGAAAAGGCAGAUGCUGAGUGAGAAUCUAAGAGGAGAAAUGACUGUUGUACCCACAGGAGCCAAGAUCUCUCUGAGAGAUAGCAAGUUUAUUCAAGUGAUUGCCAAAUCUCUUAGUAUCAGCAGCAAGGAGGAGUUAGAAGCUGUAAGAGAUGCAUUAAUUCCACCUUUGGCUUGUGCUGCAGCUAAACUGGGUGACAUAGAUGCAUUAAGAGCCAUAGCAGAAAUGGGUGGAAAUUUGAGCUGUGGAGACUAUGAUGGCCGAACUCCACUUCAUAUUGCAGCCUCUGAAGGGCAUUUACCAUUAGUUGAGUAUUUGUUGACAUCUGGUGCGACUAUUUAUGCUAGAGACAGAUACGGAUCUACCCCACUGAUGAACGCAAUCAAGUUCAGGCACAUACAAGUGAUUAAUUUGUUACGAGAAACGGGAGCACACCUUUCAGGCCACGACUUGGAGAACAUUGGAACAACACUCUGCAGCCUUACAGCUAAAGGUGAUGUGGAUGGGCUGUAUGCCUGGUACCUAGCUGGUGCAGACCUGGAGCAAACUGGUUAUGAUGGCAGGAAUCCCCGACAAGUAGCAGAGGCUACGGGGCAUAAGAAGGUUCUUGACUUCUUUAGAGAAAAGAAGUAAAGAAGAGGCUGUAGAAGAUGGUCACUCCUCUUCAGAAAUACCAGCUUUGAGCAUUCAUGGAGUUAAGCCAUUAUAGAAGGAAAAGAAGAAAGGAACAAUGGUAGCUGCACUUGGAGCAUACAGGAAAGCUAGAGCUUAGAAAUGUUUUUUAUUUAGAGUUACAUUAAGUUCUUACUGACUUUCUAAAAAUUAUUUGCUGCUUUAUCUUUUAACCACUUCUUUUUAAAAGAAAUUUUUAUAAACAGGUGAGGCUGGGAUGUAUUGCCUUUACUGUACACAUUCU